CUGCUGAACAGUUUUUUGGGGUCACAGUUACGCCAUAGUCGUGUUCUUGAUAUCUGUACUAUCAUUCAUGCACCUGUCCUUAAACAAGGAAUCACGGGUUUCACAAUUUGUUCAAAUGCGAUUUUAUGUUACUUCCACCAAACCUGCCAGAUUACAGUUGUUAAAUCAUCUUGGAAUCUUGAAUGGAGUACAAGGUGGAAUAGAAUUUGCAACAGAAAAUUCGAUCAGAUCCUACUAAUCACAAUUUCCUUGAUUACAUAAAUCCCUUUGGAAAGCAUUUGUUGUGAUUACAAGAUAAAAAUAAAAUCAUAUCCUCCAAAUUAAUCCAAUCCUCAAAACAAAGGACCCCAGAAACAACAUAUUUCUCUAUUUUCUCAACAUCUCUUGGAGGACCACUUAUAGUUCAUGUUAUCAAUUUUUGUGGUUGCCCAAUGAUCACUUAUUUCUAACUUUCUUUGAGUUCCACAACAUGAGAGCUGCCCACACCUACAAAUGAAUGGUGUGGAUGAAACCUGCGGAAGUAUCUGUGGUCUGCAAAACGUCAUCUGGAGCAGUAUCUGUGGUCUGCAAAACUUCAUCUGGAGCCACACUUAACUAAUUAUACAAAAGCAGGAAACUUGGGAUAGGAAAGCUUAAUGUCGAUGAUCGCUCUACAGAGGCCUCAUUUCUCAAGAAUGUCGAGCCAUGGAAUACGGGUUCAACGUGGCUUGCCAAGAAUUUCAUCCUCUUGGACAAUGUUGAGGUCCCAAUCCACCCCGACGAGGAAGGAAAAACUAUCCACUCCUGAACUUGAUAAGUUUAGUCCUUCAAACAUCAAAUUCGACAGACUGCAGCAAACCAAUGAAGCAGCCAUUCAAGGACAUACUCUUGAGUUCAGGCAGCUUGUUGCACGUGAGGCUCAAACCGAUGAAGAAUAUUGGACGGCAGCAUGGCUAAGAGCAGAGAGUCAUUGGGAGGACUGGGAAGAUGACGGAUAUGCUGAGAACUGCAAACGAAUAUUCAUGGAACAGGAGUUCAGUUCCAUGAAAAGGAGAUACAUUACACAUCUGGGAGAGAAAUGCAAAUGCAUUGUGAUGGUAAAGGAGGAUGACGGAAACAUGCAACAUAGCAUGUUGAAAUGUGUAGUUGGAACAUUGGACUUAAGCGUUCGAUAUUUCUCACACGUGGAGACCUUUCCAGGGGAACAGGUUAAAUCUCCUCUUUUCUGCUUCAUCAAUAGCAAAGCCUCCAGCAGAUACGGUUACAUUGCAAACUUAUGCGUUGCUAGAUCAGAACGUCGACAGGGGAUCGCAAGCAGUAUGCUGCAAUUCGCAGUUUGCUCAGCCAAGAAAGAGGUUGUUCCAGGUGCAGGGAAGGUGUUUGUGCAUGUUUACAGAAAUAACAAGGCUGCUCAGAGCCUGUACCAGAAGAUGGGAUUUGAGGUUGUUGAUGCAGCAAGCUCUCAGCUCUCGGCGGAUCAGAUGUAUUUGCUAUGCCUUGAAGCUUCAAACUACCAAGGGAAUUCAUUUUUCAUUUGACUAGUAAAAUGCAAGUGCAAAUAUAAAUCUUUUUUGUAUUUUUAUAAAAUAUAUAAUACAUUUAUAAAGAACCUCAUAAGACAAAAAAUAAAUUGUUUAAUAUUUUAUCUUUAAGAUAGAAGAUUACAAAAUA